AACAGGUCAACAUCAUCGUCAUGAAAAUCUUUGUCUGCUUACUGGCCCUUGGCGCCGUUGCCCAUGCCGGCUUUAUUGGUGGAUCAGGAGGCGGCGGAGGCGACUCCCAUGGAUCCCAUGGUGGCGGCGGAGGUGGCGGUGGCUACAGCUAUGGCGGCGGCGGCGGUGGCGGUGGCGGACAUGAUCAUGGUGCUGCUGCUCCUGUGAAGGUCAUCAAAGUGAUCCACGAGAGUGCUCCCUCAGGAGGAGGAGGCGGCGGCUGGCAGUCAGGAGGUGGAGGCGGCGGCUGGCAGUCGGGAGGAGGAGGCGGCGGCGGUGGCUGGCAGUCGGGCGGCGGCGGCGGCGGCGGUCAGGAGAUCAAAAUCAUUAAGAUCAUCUCCCAGCAGGCGCCUUCCGGAGGACAUGGCGGUGGCGGCUGGUCCUCCGGCGGUGCCUCCAGUGGCGGCUGGUCCUCCGGCGGUGCUGGCGGCGGCGGCGGCGGCUGGGCCUCCGGUGGCGGCGGCGGCGGUGAAGCCUCCUCGGCUGUCAAGAUCAUCAAAAUCAUCUCCGAAUCGGAUUCUGGAGCUGGUGGUGGCGGCGGAUGGGCGCAGGGCGGUGGUCUGGCCGCCGGAUGGGCUCCAGCUGGUGGGUGGGCGCAGGGCGGCGGCGGCGGUGGCGGCAGCUGGUAA